AUGAGAGUAGAUAAUAUUAUGCUUGAAGAUAUGAUUAAAUUUCAACAAAUAGAGUUUAAUAUUAUUAGAAGAUAUUAUUGGACUGGAUGUAAAUCUAAUGUGUUUAGUAACGAGAUUGAAAAGAUAUACAAUUUAAGAUCUCAACUUAAAAAAGAAAGUAAUCCAUUACAAAAUAAUUAUAAAUUAUUGAUGAAUAAUUCAUAUGGAAAAACGAUUCAAAAACCAAUUAAAAAUGACUUGGUUUACAAAUAUAUCAAUAAUAAAGGAAAAUGCGAUUCAGAUAGAUAUCUUAAAAAGAACUUUACAUUAGUUAAAUCUAUGUAUGACAUAUCAGAUAAUAUCAGAUGUUUUGAAACAAAUAAACCAUUUGAUGACUUCUAUGUUCCAAAUCUCAUUGGUGUACAAAUAUUAAGUAUGAGUAAGAGAAUAAUGAAUGAAGUAAUGUGUUUAGCAGAAGAUUUAAAUAUAGAUAUAUAUUAUCAAGAUACUGAUUCAGUGCAUAUAGACAAAAAUAAGAUAGAAUUAUUAGAACAAAAAUAUAAAGAAAUAUAUGGUAAAACAUUAAGAGGAGGUGAAUUAGAACAAUUCCAUCCAGAUUUUGAUGAAUUAUCUGGGAAUGUAUAUUCUUAG